AUGGCUUUCUGUCCCGGUGAAAGGGGCCUUUACGUCCUGCAAGCCCGAUGCACGGACGUCUGGCUCCUCGGGCAAGCUGCCAGACAAGAGUGGCAUUCUGAGGCACGAGAUCUCCCCCGUAUCACCUCGAUGUUGGAUAUCGACCCGGAAAAGACAGCCGUUCAUAGUCAGGAUUGCUUCACAACAAGAGUCAAGCGACUAGCCAAGGUGUUUCCUCGCCCACUGUAUACAACCUUCCACGUACAUUCCUACGAGCACGGCACAGCCAAUACCUUCGAUGAAGUUGCUGAAGGGAAGCCAACCCCACCGGUACCACCACGUCAGCGGAGCAUACCCCUCUCCCUUGGAUCGCCACGCUGGCGCACCGAACCUCCGAAACCAGCGCACACUGCGACCGCUACCGUCACCACCGCCCGUAUACCGAGCGAGACAAGACUCAGCGAACCGGGUGAGCCGGACGGUUCGCCCGAAUUCGAGAAAGUUGCGAAUGGAACUGCGUGGCCACAAACAGGAGUGAAGAGCCAGGUGUCGGCCAUGUUGCAGGGUUUCGCCGAAGAUUGUCAAUACCGAUAUGCGGAGGAGAGGAUUUUGGACAGCGUAACCAUAACAGAGAAAGAGGAAGAGUGCGGCAUCGACGAAGGCGAUUGUAGAGAUGUUGGAUACCGCUGGCGGAGACGGCCGGAUCGGAUGCGUGCUACUGGGUGUCUGGAUUGCAAGGAGCAGCUUGGCGAGUUGGGGCACAUUGCGGGGGUGGUCUGGCGCCGAGAGCUUGUGCAACCGCGGAGCUCGACGCUGCUUGUGAGCUCCAAUAUCGGACUCCGGUCCGUCGGUCAUGCCCGAGCUGUUGAGUAG